UCCUCAGGAACGGAGCGUCCGACAAGACAAGGAUGCCCGGUUUCCCACGACGGCCCCCGCGCGUGCACCGCGCCCCUCCGCCCACCAGUGUGGCUAAUGAGGUGCGGAAGGGCGCUUCUCGCCCAGACAGACAGACACACGCCGCCGCCCCAGACAGCCGCGGACGGAAGCGCUCGCGGCCUCUCGGAAAUGCGGCCGAGCCUCCUCCCGCCGGCCGGGCGGCUCGCGGCCCUCCUCGUCGCCGCGCUCUUCCUCGUGAGCCGAGUGCUGCCAGCCGGGGGCAGAUUCAAGGAGGUCUGUGAGCGUCCAAAUGGCUCCUGCCAGGAAUUUUGCAUUGAAUCCGAACACCAGGCGGGGAGAUGUUUAAACGGCCAGUCGUGCUGCCUGCCCAUGGGGAACGAGCCCGUCAUCGAGCCGACCACACCCAAGGAAUGAUGAACUCUUUUUGAAGCUCUGAGUUUCUACAGAUGUUUUAUUCUCUAUUUUGUGCACUCUCUCUAGGUCUCUUAUUUCUUUUUUCUCCCAGGGAUUAUUUUGAG